CGGAUUUUUCAUUUUGUCGUAUCUGUCACUCGUUGAAUAUCUAAUAAGAAACAUGUUGAGUACUUCCAAAUUGGUUAUUGUACUAGGCAUUACUGUUAUGGUAUUGGCGUUAGUGGCAGAUAAUGAAGUAAAUGCACUGCCCGCUCCUGUACCGAAGCCCUGCGGACAGUGGCAUAAAGAAAAACCAAAGGAAAAACCAGAUAAGGACGAAAAAAAAGAUAAACCUAAGGACGACAAAAAAGAUAAACUUAAGGACGCCAAAAAAGAUAAGAAAGAGAAGAAAAAAGAAUUGCUUAAACUUCUGAAAGAUUUCUUCGAUAUGUAAUGACAACUCCCUACUGAAGAAUCACACUGGUGGAGCUGCGACAUGAAGAUAUUAUAUUUUGGUACAUUUUGUAUGUAAUAAACUGUAUUAUUGUAUAGUUAAUGAGGGAUUUUCCAUUCGACGUUUCCCAAAAACACGAUAGAUGGCGUUGUUAAGUUUUUUUUCGUUUAAUCUUCUAAUUUCAUGGAUAACAGACAUAAUUAUGCAUAUUUUAUCUUUGUUUUUGGGUAUAAAUGAUGACCCUUUAUAUUACACCAAGGUACAAUUACAAGUUCCACCCAUUA